AUGUCAGGAGAAGAUUGCCCAGUUGAGCAGCAUGGUCCAGUCGAGGAGAUGAUGCCAGAGGCUGAGAAUGAUGAGAAGAAUCCAAACACAGAAGCUCCUCUCCCAACAGAUGAAGAACAAAAGGAAGAAAAGGAGUCUUCAGAAGCCUCAAAGGAAGAAGAGAAGCCAGAGGAAGCUCAAAAUGAAGCUGAAGAUAAUGAUCCUAAAGAGGAAACCAAAGAAACAGAAAAUACCGAAGAGGCCAAAGAAGAAUAA